UCCAAUGUCUCGAACUCUCGACCCAAAAAGCGAAACAAUGGAGACCCAGACCGACGUCGCCGGCGGCGGCGGCGACGACCUAGCGACCAUGCGCGAACAGUGCCGAAGCCUGGAGGAGGCCAUCGCCUUCCGCCGCGAGGCGCAGCUCGGCCUCGUCUCCUCCCUGCAGCUCCUCGUCCCGGACCUGGUGCCCUCCCUCGACCGCUCCCUCCGCCUCAUCGCCGCCUUCAACAAUCGCCCUUUCACCCCCACCCCGAACCCCAACGCUACCCACGCCCAGAACCCCAUCCUGAAGCCCCAGCACCGCCGCGCCAUCCCCGACCCGGCCCGCUCCACCAGCCGCAAGACCUCUGCGGGGUCCUCCCCGGCCUCCGCCGCCGUGGGAGGCGCUGCUCCCGGCGGCCUCGAUGCGGUACGCACUAUGGUCGCCGCCUGCCUCCUUGAUCUUGUCCCCUUCGCCGAGAUCGACGCCGCCGCUCUCUCGCGCCGCCUGCAGGCUGAACCCUCGUCCGCUAGCGACGCCGAGCGGGCGGCUCUGUCCGACCUAGCGACGGAGCUCGGCGGCUCCGUGCACGCCGCAGUAGCCCUGGCCCUUCGGCGCAUAGCGGAGGACACCGGCGGUGUGCAGAUCGACGAGGCCAUGAUUGGAGGCAAACAGAUGAUGAUGGUCUGGGCCAUCGACCGGAUCAAGCUCCUCAAAGAGCUGCCGGAAUCUGUGACAUUGUUGCCAGCCCAACCUCCUCCUACUCCACAGGCGACCUCAUCUGAGACGGAUACUAGCAGUGCAAUCAUACCAAGACCACCACCACAGCAGCAGCAGCAGCAGCCAGACAUGUGGGCACACUCAAUGCCACCGAUUUUCCCACGUCCCAGGGGCAUGGCGAUGGCAGGGAUGCAGAGGAUGCCGCCAGGGUUGAUGCCGCUUCAGCGGCCUUUCAUGUCGCCAAGCGGAGUUAUCCAAAUGGUUGGGGGUUCUGGACCUAGCCCUACCCAGCAGAAACAGAGAACCGAUGAAGACGACUUGAAGGACCUUGAGGUGCUGCUGAGUAAGAAGACAUAUAAAGAGAAGCAGAACACGAAAACUGGGGAGGAGCUGCUGGAUCUCAUUCACCGGCCAACGGCAAAAGAAACGGCUGUUGCAGCAAAGUUCAAAACAAAGGGUGGUUCCCAGGUGAAAGAAUAUUGCACCAAUUUAACUAAAGAAGAUUGCAGACGCCAAUCUGGUUCCUUUGUUCCCUGUGAUAAGGUUCACUUUCGUCGUAUUAUUGCUCCACAUACUGAUACAAACCUAGGAGAUUGCUCUUUUCUGGACACCUGCCGUCACACAAAGACUUGCAAGUAUGUCCACUACGAGCUCGAUCACACACCAGAUAUACCUCCAAUGAUGUCUGGUGCCCUUGCCCCCCAUAGGCCAGUAAAGCCCCAUAGAGCUGAAUAUUGUUCAGAAAUAGAACUUGGAGAAUCGCAGUGGAUAAACUGUGACAUUCGCAACUUCAGAAUGGACAUCUUAGGACAGUUUGGGGUAAUUAUGGCAGACCCCCCGUGGGAUAUUCAUAUGGAACUGCCAUAUGGCACAAUGGCUGACGAUGAAAUGAGGACUCUUAAUGUUCCUGCUUUGCAAACUGAUGGUUUGAUUUUCUUAUGGGUCACUGGCCGUGCGAUGGAACUUGGUCGGGAGUGUUUGGAACUCUGGGGUUACAAGCGUGUUGAGGAAAUUAUUUGGGUGAAGACCAAUCAACUUCAACGUAUUAUUCGAACUGGCCGCACUGGCCAUUGGUUGAAUCACAGUAAAGAACAUUGUCUUGUUGGAAUAAAAGGAAGUCCCUUGGUUAACAGGAACAUAGACACUGAUGUUAUUGUUGCUGAAGUCCGUGAAACAAGCAGAAAGCCUGAUGAGAUGUACGCUAUGCUAGAACGGAUAAGCCCAAGGACAAGGAAGCUUGAACUCUUUGCGAGAAUGCAUAACACUCAAGCUGGAUGGCUUUCUCUGGGCAACCAGGUAAGUGGAACUAGGCUUGUCGAUGAAGGGUUGAGGGCAAGGUACAAAGCUGCGUAUCCCGAUUUCGAUGUGCAGCCGCCAUCACCUCCCAGAGCAAGCGCACCUAUGGAUGUUGAUCAAAGUGCUCCGUCGCAGAAGCCUGUUGUAUCAGAUGGUGAGAAGCCUUCCUGAUGUUGGUACCCGGCUGUGCUUGACGUUGAGGAAUCAUCUUGCAAGGAUAAACUGUUGUUUGACUACAUAGUUUCUGUCACCUAAUAUCCUUGUAAUUUUGUAGUUGUAAAAUUUGGAUAGACAUGGGGUGGCGAAGGAGCGAAUGUACGCCUUCACUGAAGUAUUGCAAUAUGUACUGGUGCGCCCAUCGGGCUUAGUUUGUGGUUGCUGAUGGAACUGUUGGACUUAUUGUUACAAUCUGUUAGAAAAAUAGACACAAAAACAUGAAAAA